GUUUUCCAUCACGGCUCUGAUUCCGAGGUCAAAAAACAAGCGUCCACAGUGCGAAUGUGCGCCGUAGCGGGUGGAGCGCUCUCACGUCGAGUAUCCUGUUGAUCCUGCCCGAGCGUUUAAGAGGAGCACAGGAGGGGGGGAAGCCUCAGACAAGGAACGCUGGUCGCUGAAGCUGCAUUGGAUGGCAUUUCUCCCGGGGUUUGUCAGAUAGGACGUUUCAAUGUUUUGACUUGUGUUUUUAUUUUUUUUUUAUUUUUCUUCCUUCCUCUUCUUCUUGGCUGGAGACCUCUGGGAGAACUGCGCUGCAUUUGGCACCUUUUUUUUUUAAUGUUCCGUUUUCUUUGUCACAGUAGAGUAGGUCGUGAUUUUUUUUUUUAUAUAUGCAAAAUAACAGGAUUCAUGGUGGGAGAGAUUCCUUUCAUCAAUGUGCAUUGAUGUAGCAGAAAACGUGGAGGAGAUAAGAACCCUUAUCUCAGCACCUGAAUCCUUUGGUCAAGAAUUCAUUGAGGACAGUCGGCAAUUAGGGGGAUUUCGAUUCUUAUCCAAAUCGGGAAUUACACAUCCAAACUGGGAUCUAUGAGUGGAAAAGUGGCGAAGCCUAAAGAAGACAAGGAUGCUUCCAAGGUCCAGGAUGACGCUGCCCCAGGUACCCAGGAGUACAUUAUGUUACGGCAGGACUCCAUCCACUCUGCGGAUAUAAGGAGUAAAGGGUCCCCAUUUCGUGCUAAGUGUCACGAAAUCUUCUGCUGCCCGCUGAAGCAAGCCGUCCACAAAGAGAGCGCAGAGCCCGAAGAGCCCCAGCUGAAGGGGAUCGUGACGAAGCUGUACAGUCGACAAGGUUUCCACCUGCAGCUGCAGGCAGAUGGGACCAUUGAUGGAACAAAGGAGGAAGACAAUGGUUACACCAUGUUCAACCUUAUUCCAGUGGGGCUGCGAGUGGUGGCGAUCCAGGGGGUGCAGACCAAACUCUAUCUGGCUAUGAACAGCGAGGGCUACCUGUACACGUCGGAACACUUUACACCAGAGUGCAAAUUCAAGGAGUCGGUGUUUGAGAACUAUUACGUGACAUACUCCUCCAUGAUAUACCGGCAGCAGCAGUCGGGCAGGGGCUGGUACCUCGGUCUGAACAAGGAAGGAGAAAUCAUGAAGGGGAACCACGUCAAGAAGAACAAGCCAGCAGCCCACUUCCUUCCCAAACCUCUUAAAGUGGCGAUGUACAGAGAGCCAUCCCUUCACGACUUGACAGAGUUCUCCCGCUCCGGCAGCGGCACGCCCACCAAGAGUCGGAGCGCUUCAGCCGUCCUCAACGGAGGAAAAGCCGUGAGCCAGAACGAGUCGACGUAGCCCAUCAGCCCAAACCCAGGCCUGGGGCCGAACCACGAAACCUUACCUCUAACAGAGCAUGAAUCCAAGCAGACUUGUUUCUCCGAUCAGCGGUUCAGGACUAGCUAAGACAACAAACCACACAUCAACAUCCAGACACCCUCAGUAAAUUACAGUUAGAAAUCCAUUGUAGUCAGUCACCUGUAAAACAGAGUCAACGGUUAUAGGGGGGAAAAAAAUGGAAAAAUAAAAAACAAACAGCACAUAGAUCAUUCUGGACCUAGAAACAGUUUAGAAUUUUGGUUUUUGGCUUGAGAUUUAUUUACUAUCUUAGUCACUUUGAUGAUGCAUACAGGUUAGUUCAUCUUUAUAUUUCUUUCUAACUUUAUUUCCUGUGGACAAAAAGUUUAUUUAAGGUCUCGCAGACAUCAAGCACUCGUGCAUCUGUCAGACAGGGACAGCGAGCUAGACACGCAGGUGUUCAGGGCAGCCGCUACUGAUGCUGGUCGACGAGGCUGCAGUGGUAAAGAACAAGCCCUGAUCUUUGUCUCAUCCAUGCUUCUGUGAAUACAAAGCCUAUAAACUCCCUGGUGCGGUUCAGCCUACUGCUACUGGGACUGUGGCCGGCCAGAUGGUAGCUCUCCUGCGUCCUAGUGCACACGCUCAGAGAUUGAGCUCUCUAGCAUGGGGAAACGAAGCCUAUGUUUAACUGACCUGAAGUAUAAGGGACAGCGUGGCUCUCUUGCAGAUUUUUGAUUUCUUUUUUUCCAGAGAUGCCACAGCUGCACCUUGAUUUUUGCUAAUUUUCUGAAUUAGCCGAGAGUUUUUAUUUGGUUAUGUUUUUGUCUCCUCUUGUCCUCUUCCCUUGCCAUUGUUCAGUAUUUGUUAUUUUUCUGUUUAUUUCAUUACUGAAAUGGGUUCCAGCAAACCAAAGACAGAACGAAAGAGUGUCCCUUUAAGCCGCUGAAAACCAAGCCAGUGUAGAGGCAAAGCUGGAAUUUCUUUUUUUUUUUCUGGUACAUUUUCGAUGGGGGAAAAAGCAAGGAUUUUGUGAAUAGAAGAACAAUGGCGAAAGGAAGUGAUUUUAAACACUUUGGAGUUGGUAGCGUGCUUGAUGUUGUGCUUUUUGCUGAUAUGCUCAAUGGCCAAGGUAUGAAACAAUAUUUCUGUGUCCUCAUUUCCUUUCGUCACCACCGUGUCACGAUGUCUCUAGCUCUUGUCCUCGUGAUCUGUUUCCUCCCUCCGUGCUUGUGUCACUCUCCGACUCGACCCCCUCGGACUUUCUUUUUUUUUUUUUUUUGUUGUCAAUUUCUAUUGACUGAUACGGUUCACCACAGAACGUGGUGGAAAAAAAAACCCUUCCCAGGAUGCUUGUUAUGUGUUUGAGUAACUUCUUGUGGUGACAAUAUUUUCUAUAUU